GUGUACACAGAGGGGAAAUAUUUUAUGGGCAAAUAUCCUUCCUGACGGUAUUCCUGCUGUGAAUGAGCUACUUUUGUUAAAUUAAAGCGAAAUAUGCGGCCUAUAUCACAUUUAUUGUAUUGAUGUUUUCAUUUGUUUACGGAUAUAAAACGAUCAGAUAGCUAGUGCACUUGCUUUUUAUGCUCAUUUGGUAAAAAGGCAGCAGAGCGACAGAGAAUUGUCCAGCCACCUGUAGCUGACAGUACAACUGUCAAUCAGGUGAUCUGUCAAUCAUACAACAGUGAGAGCCGCACACGCGCUUAACUGUGCGCAUCAUUCAGACAUGAGCUUCUUCGGCUUCGGACAGAGCGCCGAGAUCGACAUCGUUUUGAAUGACGCCGAGACGAGGAAGAAAGUUGAGCACAAAAAUGAAGAUGGGAAAAAGGACAAAUAUUUCCUUUUUUAUGAUGGCGAAACUGUAAGUGGGAAAGUUAAUGUGACUCUCAAAACUCCUGGAAAGAGACUUGAACACUAUGGGAUAAAAAUCGAGUUUGUUGGGCAGAUUGAGCUGUACUAUGACAGAGGGAACCACCAUGAGUUUGUGUCAUUAGUGAAGGAUCUUGCACGACCUGGUGAGCUUUCACAGUCUCAGCCCUUUGACUUUGAGUUCACCCAUGUGGAAAAGCCCUAUGAAUCUUACACUGGCCAGAAUGUGAAACUCAGGUACUUCCUCCGAGCUACAGUUAGCAGAAGACUCAAUGAUAUUAGUAAAGAGAUGGACAUUGUUGUGCAAACACUGAGCACGUACCCAGAGAUGAACUCCUCCAUCAAGAUGGAAGUUGGAAUUGAAGAUUGUCUUCAUAUUGAGUUUGAAUACAACAAGUCCAAAUAUCACCUGAGGGAUGUAAUUGUAGGGAAGAUUUACUUCCUUCUUGUGAGGAUAAAGAUAAAGCACAUGGAAAUUAAUAUAAUAAAACGGGAAACAACUGGCACGGGACCCAGUGUGUACCACGAAAAUGACACCAUCGCCAAAUAUGAGAUCAUGGAUGGAGCGCCAGUGAGAGGUGAGUCAAUCCCCAUCCGUUUGUUUCUUGCUGGUUAUGAGUUGACCCCUACAAUGAGGGACAUCAACAAGAAGUUCUCAGUGCGUUACUACCUGAACCUAGUGCUUAUAGAUGAAGAAGAGCGGCGAUACUUCAAACAACAGGAAAUCACUCUCUGGAGGAAAGGAGAUACUGUAAGGAGAAGUAUGUCCCAGCAGGCUACCAUUGCUGCACAGAGAUUUGAGGGAUCAAACUCUGGAAAUGCGUCGGCACAAGCCAAAGAGGACAGUAACUAAACAAAAUGCUGUAUAGUCCAAAUUAAAUGUGUUUGUGUCAAAAUAGUGUUUUUAUGUGAAGUAAUGAAGGGAUCGAAAUGAAAGUGAAUCUGCUUGUAAAAUACAGACCAGCUAUUCAAAUAUGUAUAGAUUACAAAAUAUUUUGUUAUUUCCGUUUCCAAUAAUGUUUGCUUUUUCAUUACAAAAUAGUUACCAACAAUUUUGAAAUACAAGAAACUACUAUAUAUUUGAUUUAUACUUGUAUUAAAUUGUUAGAUUCUCGCAGUGGUCAGCCUUAAUACAUUCCUUGCUAUGCUUACAUAUAUCUUAAUUCCUGUGCAGUAAGUCAGAAUCUAGCCUCUUUAUUGUGUCCUGUUUAAUGAGCCCAAAAUUUAAUCGCUAAGAGAUUUAUUGUGAUCAUUUGUGUUAUAAAUCUAGUAGUUAAUUUACUCUUAACAGAACUCGGUGCAUUAUUAUUUGUAAUUUAUGGUAUUAAAAAAGAACUAUACUGUAACUACUAAAGGGAACUACAUGUAGAACUACUAACUCAUGCAGGGCAGUGACUAUUGUCUUUUUCAUGAAUAUAUUUUUAUUAUUGAUUUAAAUAUUUCUUUUGGUCUGUUGUCUUGUGAGUUUUUCUUUCUAUUAAAAGAAUCAGCAAAAGUUUUCAGUAUUCUCAAGAGUUGCGUUAAAUGCUGUGAUAGAGAAGGGUGUCAUAAAUCCCUCUUGUCACUGGAUGAUACUCAUUUUUAAAGAUUUUUUAAAUUUCAUAUUGUGUAUGUCAUUGUAUAAUAUUAAAUAUGUUUAACAGUUUAUUGGCUGUUCAGGUGAUGGGGUAUGACUAGUAGCUUUGCAACCAUGAAAAUGUCUGCAAAAGCCUCUUUUAAUCAGCCAUAUUUGAAUAAAAUUUACUAACU